AUGGCGACGAGGAAUCGUACGUUGCUGUUCAGGAAGUACAGGAACUCUCUGAGGAGCGUUCGAGCUCCAUUGGCGUCAUCUUCGUUGGAGAUGGCUUCGUUGACGGGAACACGAUCCGGUGUUGGUCCGGUUAUCGAGAUGGCGAGCACAUCGUUGUUGAAUCCGAAUCGCUCCUAUGCUCCUGUUAGUACCGAGGAUCCUGGAAACUCGAGUAAAGGUGCAUUAACAGUGGGAUUACCACCAGCUUGGGUUGAUGUAUCUGAGGAGAUAUCUGUGAACAUACAGCGUGCAAGGACCAAAAUGGCUGAGUUGGGUAAGGCUCAUGCCAAGGCGUUAAUGCCCUCGUUUGGGGAUGGUAAAGAAGAUCAACAUAAUAUUGAGUCUUUGACACAAGAGAUAACAUUUCUAUUGAAGAAGUCUGAGAAGCAACUUAAGAUGCUUUCUGCAACUGGGUCUUCUGAAGAUUCAAGUGUUAGGAAAAACGUGCAGGAUGGGGUGGAUUUAGAGAUAAAUCUGGGCAGAAACAGAUAUAGACCUGAAGAAGAUGACUUUGGCGAUAUGUUAAACGAGCGUCAGAUGGCCAAGAUAAGAAAGGGCGAGGAAUUAUCGAUAGAGAGGGAGAAAGAGAUACAGCAGGUUGUAGAAUCAGUAAAUGAUCUUGCCCAAAUCAUGAAGGAUCUUUCUGCACUUGUGAUAGAUCAGGGUACAAUAGUUGAUCGGAUAGACUAUAAUAUCCAAAACGUAGCAAGUACUGUUGAAGAUGGACUCAAACAACUGCAAAAGGCAGAGCGAAGGCAGAGACAUGGAGGGAUGGUGAUGUGCGCGUCCGUGCUUGUCAUCCUCUGUUUCAUCAUGUUGCUACUCUUAAUACUUAAGGAAAUAUUCUUGUGA